UAAAAUGAAAACUAAAUUCUCACUUAGUCCCGCCUAAAUUGGUAACUGCUCCCGCGUUAUUUCCCAUUAUAAGAACACACACUAACUCACUACAGUUUCAGAGGACAUAAACUUGGAGAUCCGAUCCAGUUGAAAGAAGAAUAGUCCAAAUGAGAAGUUCAAGAGCUUAAACAGUUGGCACUUUCUUCUUCCACUAUCAGUAAGAGCAAGAGAAUACAGGAAGGAGAAAAAGACAAGUCGUAAAAUGAAGACAAUCCAGUACGUUUUGAGAUCAAAGGGUGAACGUAAAAUUCCAGCAAAGAUGGGUAUGUGUAUGUCCAUGGUGAACAGACUCCCCUCAGAAAUUAUUAUAGAAAUACUCUCUCGCUUACCCACUGAUUCAGUCUUAGAGUGCAGACAAGUAUGCAAAACAUGGCGAAACCUAAUUCGGCAUCCUUCAUUUGCUCAUAUGCACCUACAUCAGAAUGUUAACAUCCUCCCAUUUCAUUCUUCUGCUACUGAUGCGAAGGUUGAUUUUGGUUUGAUUUUUGAAUUGCGUAUUCUCUCACCAAAGAUCGAAUACAUAUUGUACUAUGGAGAGUAUGACGACCAGCCUAAUAAGAAACUCAGAAGGAUCAACCAGCCUUCCAUUAAUUGUCUCUCAAUAGUUGGUUCACACAACGGGCUGAUUUGCUUUUCUGUUUGUGAUAGUGACUACGUUUCUUAUAUCCAUGAGCCUAUCUACAUUAGUAAUCCUAUAACCAGAGAAUACAUGAGAUUUCCAAGAAUAGAAGUUAAUGGUGUGAACAGGGUCCAUACUAUGGUGUGUGGUUUCUGUUACCUUCCUUCUACUGAUAAAUACAAAAUUAUAAAAAUCUAUUAUAUCCUGAACCAACCCAUGGGAAUGGUCCAGAUGUACACUCUUGGGGGUGGCAGUUGCAGUGGCUGGAGAGACAUUGGAGAAAUCACUUACUCACUGCGACAUUAUGUUGAAUACAGUUUCCCGCGUCAUCCUUGUCCAUUUGGUGCGUUUGCAAAUGGAGCUCUUCAUUGGCUUGACAUUGAGCAAAAGAUUGUGUCCUUCGAUUUGGCAGAAGAAAAGUUCUACUUGCUCCCAUCACCACCUUUUGUCAGUGCUCAUAGUGAGAAAAACAGAUUUGAUCUUAGGGUUCUGGGAGGAUGCUUGUGUUUUAUUCAUCGAAAGCAGGACAAAUCCUUGGACAUAUGGUUCUUAAGGAAGAAAGGGGAGAGUAGUAGUUGCGACUUGAAUGAGCAAGAGUGCGACUUGUUGACCUGGAACAUGGAAUUGAGUUUACCAAUUGAUGCAGCACCAAUUUCCAUUACAAAAAGUGGUGAAUUUAUGAUGUGGUACAAGUCUAAUCUCUGCAGUUAUGAUCCUAAGACAGCAACCAUGGAAAAGCAUGUGCUAAAUGGCGAUUUCUGUCAUGCAGUUCCCCACAUCAACAGCUUUGUUUCCCUCAAGGCUCUUGGAGAAAAGUGUCGGUCCAGAAAAAGAUACGCUGUAAAUGCAUCACCAACGGAAUAUUUCAUAACACAGGAGAGGAAGGACAAUGGAGAAUUUGAUGUCAUUCAAUUUUAGGUGCAUCAAACACCAGUUUCUG